GUGAGUCUGCUGGACCCCAAGCGGAGCAUGAACGUCAACAUCUACCUGAAACAGUUCCGCAAGAGCAACUCCUCGAUUGUAGAACACAUCCGCAAGGGAGAGGCCCACAGCUUUGGUGUGGAGAAGAUUAAAGGGCUGAUCAAGAUUCUUCCACAAAUGGAUGAGUCAGACUUCCAGAGCCAACUCUCCAGCGUCAGGUCCAACCUGCUGCUCCUGGCCAACGUCUGUAGGUCUCUCUACGACAACAAGGGACUGAAGAAAUUUCUCCGUCUGGUGCUACAUGCUGGCAAUUUUAUCAACAAGGGAAGUAAUGCAGGAGACGCUGUCGGCUUUCGAAUAAGCUCCCUCAACAAGCUGAGCCUCACGAAGUCUAACGACCCCAAGAAGUCGCUCCUGCACGUGCUGGUCGAGGAGGCGGAGGCCAAGGACAAGACGGCUCUGGAAUUUGUGGAUAAAAUGCAGGAUGACCUUCAUAAGACCUCCAGGUUUACAUUAGAAACUUUGAAGACCGAAUUUAGCCAGAUCAAGAAUACGAUCAAGAAACUGCAAGCACAGCUGGCAACAUGCUCUGAUGAGGACAUCAGGUUGCAGUUUGGGGAAUUUUUAGAG